UGCCAGGACGCGGGAGAGCCUGGAGGCGGCGCUCGCCUGCCGCUUUCCCUCUGCUUGCCCAGGUCGUUUCAAGAGGCCAAUUAGUGAGCCGCCAGCCAGCCAGCCAGCCUCUUCCGAGGAGGGGAGCCGAGCUCGGCAGGGAGGCAGCUGGCUGGAGCAAAGGACGCGCCGCCGCCCACGCGUUAAGCUGCGGCUCCUCCAAGUAGCCAGGCGGACUUCCCUGGUGCUUCCUUAGCGCCAGCAUCUCCUGUCCUCCUGGGGGUCGCUUCCAAGAUUUGGCGAGCAAGUGCCUGGCCACCUCUCUCUCUCUCUCUUCCUCCGAGGGCUGGGACCUCCUCCGGACUCGUCUCGGUUCGAGGUCCACGGGGUGCCUUGGUUGCCUUCCCGUUGCUGGUGGAGCUACCAUGUCGGUGAGCGUGACUCUCAUGGGCCCAGCCCCCUGGGGCUUCCGUAUAACCGGGGGAAGAGACUUCAGGAAGCCCAUUGUGGUGUCUAAGGUAACGGAGAACGGCAAAGCAGCCCUGGGCAACCUUCGACCUGGUGAUGUCAUAGUCUCCAUCAAUGGUGAGACCACUUCUGAGAUGCUCAACGUGGAGGCACAGAACAAAAUUAAGCAGUGCUCUGGGCAGCUGCAGCUUCAGGUGGACAGGUCUCAGCAAUUUUCUCCCAGCCAGACCAAUGGCGAAAGUUCUCCAGAAAUGUUGAGUAUACGAUUUCAGGACGUUGUGAGAACUCGGGAUGACAGCCAGAGUUCGCUGAGAUCUUCUUACUCCAGCCCUGCCUCGAUCAGCCCACGGCCGAGCAGUCCGUACUCGCCUUCAUCUCCUGGAUACCGAACGUGCAGCCCACACAGCCCCCAGAGGCCCAGCCUCCCCAUUGAGGGCAGAGGGGACUCUGCUGUGAGCAGCCGCAGCUUCCAGUCCCUGGGAAAUACUUCAGGAAUUUCUGAUGAACAUUUUCCACCACCCUUUGGGCAGCAGUAUCCAAGCAGCCAGCAGGAGCAGAGAAGCUUCAGUCACUCCAGUAGAUCUCCAGUUGUGCCUCCUUUGAACGGUUCUCCGUCCCCAGGAUCGUAUUCGCUCUCCAGCCCUUGGGAAGUCAGGAAGGACCAGGAUAGGAGUUCCCCCUCUUAUUACCGACGUUACAGUCUGGACUCCGAGCCAGCCAUGCGCCGUUUUGAAGGAGACUCGGAAGUCUACAAGAUGAUGCAGGAAAACCGCGAAACCAGGGCCCCGCCACGGCAGUCUAGCACUUUCCGCUUGCUCCAGGUGGCUCUGGAGUUGGAUGAAAAAGAGGGCACCACUGCUCCCUUCCCUAGCCAGCUCUCUCCCAGCACUUACAAGCCAGUCAGCAGCUCUGUGGCCGGCGGCGUCCAGAAACUCCAUGUGUGCGAAAAGUGCAGCGGCAGCAUCACGACCCAGGCAGUGAGGAUCCAGGAGAACCGCUACCGCCACCCCUCCUGCUACGUGUGCACCGACUGCGGCCUCAACCUGAAGAUGCGUGGCCAUUUCUGGGUGGGCGAGGAGAUGUACUGCGAGAAGCAUGCCCGCCAGCACCACCAGGGGCGGGGAGGGGACGGCACCGUCACAGCAGUCUACUCCCAGUCCUAAACUCCACCGGAGCAUGUGGGCGCUGAGCAAGAAGGGAGCUGGCGCUGCCACUUUGGAGGCUUCUUCCCAGUAUGCCAUCUUGGUCCCUGCUAGAAAUUCCCUUGGGUCUCUCUUGAUUAGCCACACGUACCUUCUCUUGCACCAUCCAGCCAAUGGGGAUUCAGCCAGUUGAGACACACCCAGGAAAGAGCUUCCAGCUCAGAACUGAAGAAUGACUCCAGGAUUUGGAGAACAAGCAUGGAGCUUCUCAAGGGACAUGGUAUUCCCAUUAGCUGGGCAGGUUUUUGGUCUCUUUCUUAGAAGGGCGAAUGUCCAUAUAGCACAAGCAUUGCAUAUUCAGCACUAAGAAGUUUCCGAGGGAUGCGCUGGGAGAGAGACUGAACUUCCUACUCUGCCAAAUGUGCCUCCUGGGGGUCACUUAUGGGGUACGCUGUGGGGUGUUAGGAUCAUGCCCACACCAUUCCUGUUCUGAAGUGGAAGCCAAAACUAGCCAUCUCUUGCCAUCUCCAGAGACCAGUAUGGUAGGUGGCUGUGUUGCCCCCUUCUGUGCCUGCAGCACCUCUUUCUCACCACAGCUGCCACCAUCCCCACAUCCAUGUCAAAAAUGGAAGAGUAAAGGGAAAGUGGGGGGGGGGUGUCACUGAAAGCACUAGGUACUCCGAUGGCAUGGGUGUGGCUUUGAAUAUUGACUCUGUAAAGCUUCCCUAAGAUAUUAAGCCAGAUCUCUAUGUGAAAUAUAAUAUAUGUAUAAGGCA